ACUCAAGGGAAGAAAAUGCAACUAUCUUAUAACAAGAAAACCUCCCCACUGAUUCUAGGGUUUUCCAUUUUCAGUUUUCGGUAUCGAUUCACCUGUCUUCUUCGCCGCCGUGCACCGUCGCUAUUGACGUCUCAUGAACUCAAAGUCAAGCUACAAAUACAAUGGUCCAAAAGGUGUAUAGUCAAGCUACAAAUACAAAAGAUGAUUUUGCAAAUGGCUGGAAAUUCAAUCAAAUCAGUUGCAAAAGCCGUUGGUGAAUACCAGUACCCAUGGAGGGAUAAAUUAACAAAAUACAAAGACGAGCUGUCAAAGGGCGUUUGGGGCUAUUGGCAUCUGGGGGCAUGGAAGCCGCUUGGGAUUAGUGCUAGACGUAGGGCCCGCCUUCGUAAAGAAGUUUUGUUAGCCGGAGAAGAUUGGCCUUAUGAUCCCGAAAGGAAAGAAAUGCGGACAAAAAGAAAAGGACACAAAUGUGAUAGAAUAUCGGCUGAAAAACGAGCCAACACUGCCGAGUUGAUGAAGAAAAUGCCUCAAAUGCUUGCGGAUUACAGAAAGAAGAAGUGGGAGAAAAAGAUGAACGAAGAGGACACUGCAGCUAAGAAAGAAUAGGGAAUUCGAAUGCUCUGAUUUUGAAUUUAAGUUUGACUUUGACUUUGAAACCCAUAUGUUUGACUUUUUAAGAUAAAGAUCUGGAAAUAAAGGAAGGGUUCUUUUGGUGUUUUAA